CUGGCUGUCUUAUACCCAUCUUGAGAUCAACUGUACAAUGUGAGCUAGCUUAAACCAGUGUGAAGUACAGUUGCUGGCGUGUUACAUCUGCGCGUCACUUUACAAAGGCAACAGACUCUGAUCUCAGAGAAAAUAGUUUUAUUAGGAUUGGUAACUCUCUUUCUCGUCAGUUUUUGAAGCUAAUUCUAUUCGAAGAUAUCUGAUAUAACCGAUAUCAUGAUAAUCAUCUUAUAAAGCAAUUAUCUUCAAGUCUGUAGAUCGUGACUGUUUCUUUUUAUUAUUAGACACAUUUUCUUUUCGUUGCGAAUUUGGUCUCGGUGUGCAGAAUUUAAAAGUGAAGCGUUUUGUAACUUCUCUUUGAAGUCCAUUUUGUAUUGUUUAGGCUAACAAGAUUCUGUUAGCUGUUUAGGAAUUGAUAAAUAUUAUAAGUACGUAAUUCGUAGCUCGUUUAGAUUUGUUAAUUAUGUCAUACAAAAAGCCCACCAGUUUUGGAUCCACAACUAAUAGUUCUUCAAAACGAAGCUCACCGAUGCUUGUCUAUCAAGAUAUGUAUGGGUCUUCUGUUGGUGGAAUGACCGGAAGUUCGAGUCAAGCGCCCAUUCUCAACUAUGGAGAGAGGGGAAGUUCACUGAGUCCUGGGAUUUCUAUAGCACGUAACCCUUCGCUAAACCGACUGAGGGAGUCCUCUUGGAGAAUUUCGGAUCCUACGGGAUUUACAUAUAACUUAUAUACAGAGAGACCUAAUAGUCCAUUAAUUUCAAGUACCACCAAUACUUACCCAGAGAGGGCUAGAAGUCCUGUUCCCCCCAGUUUUGGGGGAUUCAGUGAGCGUCCAAUAAGCCCAAUGGCCAGUCCAAUAUCUUCCAGAUCUCCUUCUCUUCAUGAAUUGACAAACUUUGGAUCUGGAUCUUCAAUAAAUCCUGCCAUUACACGUGCACAUUUCACAUCUACUUAUGGCAAUAAUCUUUCAGUUCCAAACUCUCCAUCUUUACAGCGAAAAUCCCUCUCCAGAGCUGGCUCCUCUUCAUCGCUCCAGUCUCUUGGUGAAAUGACGAGCCGCACGUUAGUAUCUCCAACUUUCUACUCGCCAUCAUCAUAUAUUUCAGGAUCUUCCAUCUACUCUAGCAACCACUAUUCCUCAAUGGACAGGUAUCGGCCACAGCUUCGCCAGAGACCCAUUAUUACCAGUUACAGACCGUCUGUAAAACUUCAGGGACAUAACACCCAUAAUGUUCUUCACCGAAGAGAUCACGUCAUUAAGUUUCGGGAACGUCAAAAGAUGACCCGUGACUCGAAAUCACGUAUUUCUUGGAAACUACCCACUCCUACAGCUAGUCCAAUGAUCAUUCGUCGCAGACCAGAUAUACGUCAACUAAGCAGUGAAUCCUCGCGAUCUUUUGACUCUGGUAUAGGUAGCCCAGAAAAGAAGUCACCGUUCUAUAGCAAAAGCCAAGAAGGUAGUCACAAAUGGAGUUCUGUGGAAAAACAAUCGGAGAAACGUCUUUCUAUAGAGGUAGAAAAGUCUGCAGAGGCUGACAUCUGUCAAGAGUGCAAGGUCAACUGUCACCACAAGUGUGAAAAACACGUCCCCAACCUAUGUGGAGUAAACCAGAAACUUUUAUCGGAAGUCCUAGCGACAGUGAAGAAAGAUAUCAGCACUCCACCGCUUAGCCCUGUUCCUCAAAAAGUUCACGAAACAGAAACAAACAAAGAGAUAUCUGUGACAGCGACUGCAGCGCCACCUUCACCACCAGGCAGUGAUUCAGAUGAAGGCUUUGUACAACAAAAAGAACGGGAAAGCAGAAUACCUGAAGUUAAAGAACAACGUCAAAAAGUAGAAGGACAAACACCUCAGGUCCAGAGACCAUCUGGAAUCGACGUCAGAGGCCCUCAGAAACCACCAAGAAUAAGAUUUAGAAAAUAUAACAUAGAAGAUUUUAACUUUAUGAAAGUUCUUGGCAAAGGCAGUUUUGGUAAGGUGCUGCUGGCCGAGCUGAAGGGACACCGUAAAUUCUUCGCCAUCAAGUGCCUGAAGAAGGACGUGGUGCUAGAAGACGAUGACGUGGAAAGCACGGUUAUAGAGCGAAAGAUGUUAGCCCUAGGGACCAAACAUCCUUUCUUGUGUAAACUCUUCUGCACAUUUCAGAGUGAGAGUCAUCUUUUCUUCGCCAUGGAAUACCUGAAUGGUGGAGAUCUAAUGUUUCACAUUCAACAGUCUGGAAAGUUUGACCAGGACAGAGCCAGCUACUUGCGAACGAGAGUAGGGCUAACCAAUGCUUGCCACCUGGUGACAGAAAAAGCAAUGAUUGCGGUAAUCGUGUGCUCUUGGUUCGUUGUAAACUCUAACUACCACUUACAACGCCCACAGAUUAUCAAGGGCCUGCAGUACAACCAAUCAGUAGACUGGUGGUCUUUUGGUGUAUUGCUGUAUGAAAUGUUAAUAGGACAAUCGCCCUUCAACGGAACCGACGAGGACGAACUUUUCUGGUCUGUGUGUAACGAAGAAGCCUACUACCCGAGGUUCCUCAGCAAGGAAGCAAAACAAAUAAUAACACUGUUGCUAGAAAAGGACCCUAAUAAGCGAUUAGGAAUGCCUAAAUGCUCAGCUGGGAGUAUCACGUACCAGCCGUUUUUCAACUCUGUUGACUGGGAGAGGACUGAACGUAAACUCGUGGCGCCACCUUUCAAGCCGAAUGUGUCAGGACCAAGUGACGCUAGCAAUUUCGAUAGUAAUUUUACUAUGGAGAAAGCAGUCUUGACUCCGAUAGAUUCCCAGUUUCUUGCUUCUAUGGAUCAACAACAGUUUAAGGGAUUCAGCUACACCAACCCCGACAUGACGGAUUAGCCGUUUUUUUCUAUAGCCACGAAAUAUAGGAAAAGAAAAAUAACGUUUUUCGUUCGUUUUUUUUUUUUUUUCCGGCAACGUACCAAGUACUACCUAAUUUUUGUAUAGUUUUUAUAAAAAGAAAAUCGACAUUAUGAUAUCAUUAAAUACAGUUGUUAGAACGUUGCUGUAUUCACAAGUUCUCUUCAUGAUAUUUUAUUUUAGAAUUUUGACGAUUCUCGAAAAAAAGUUAUUAACAGGGACAGAACAAAAAGAAAUAUUUAAGAAUUAUAUAUUUUUAUUUAGUGGCCUUAUAAACGCUCUGCCUUCCGAAUUAAAAACAAACUGUUUUAACUUGUUUUGUCGGCAGUUUAUUUAGCUUAUCCAUCGCGAGUUAAAUGACUUAAACGGGAAGUAAUAAAGUUGGUAAUUUUUAUUUUGUCAAGUCAACGAAAGAGAAAAUUCUUAAAAAAUAAGGUUGGUUUUAACUUGUUACGACGAGGCGAUGACAGCUGCAAUUAUCACAUAAGUUUGAUUUUAUUUUGGUUUUGUUUCUUUCUACAAACAUAUGCUUUGUCUGAAUAUGUAAUUGCGGGUUUUAGAGUAACUGAUACUACUGCCGAACACAACGGUCUGUUUUAAUUGAAAUUACCUGCUCUUUAAAGCACCGGUUUCGCAGCUUUCACUACUUUUCACCGUAUUUCUUUUUGGCCUUGUACAGCGCAUCAAUGUAAAGGCGAAAAGAAGUAAAGUGAAAAAAGUAGAGCUGAAGAGUAGUGAAAGCUACGAAACCGGUGCUUUAAAGAGCAGGUAAUUUUAAUUUAAUAGUUGUAAAAGUUAAAGAAUAAAACUAAUUGUUUUAUGAAAUAUAAUAUCGAAAGGAAACGAAAUGUGAUAUUAUUAUUAAUAUGUAUAAUAAAUGCAUAUGACAAAAAGUGCAACUAAUGUUUUCUGGCGGUUUAAUUUUGUUUUAUUUUAUUCGUUUGUUUAUGUGGUAGCACUUUUAAUACUGAUUUUUAUCAUGGAAAUGUUAACCCUAGAACUAAGGACAACCAGUAGUAACCACUAGUAGUAUUUCCUUACCAAUGUUAUGAUUACUUAUUGAUUGAUUUGGUUUUGGUCAUUCUUGUUUGAAUUGUCUUGAAACGUGUUAUUUUAAGAGAAAUGAAUACUUCAUCACUGAAGAAAAAUGUAUGUUGUAUAGAUUUUUUAAAGGUAUUUCAGAUUAGCAUAUAGACACAUUUCUCAUAUUUUUUAUAGCUUGAAAUUUUGAUUCUUUAGGCUAGGGGGUGGUAUGUAUGCCCCUUACAACAGAGAGUUUUUUCCCGCUUUAAAAAACAAGCAAACCUUUUUUAUGGAACGUAUAAUAUCGAUCAUCUUAUCUUGAAGCUUUUGAAACUUUUUAAAUUCAAGUCUAGUCCCAGUAAUUUGUAUUAAUGUUUUUGUACAUAAUAGUAAUUUUUAGUUAUUUAAUUGUUUUUGUUUCCUUGUUUAUCUUCUACUAUUGUUGGAAAACGUUAUCUCCAAAAACCAAUAGUUUAAUGUAAAAUAUGAAUUUAAGCAUUUUAUCUGUUUCAUCUCUUUGACAUUUAGAUUAGAUUAUCUGGAUUUAAGUUUAAGUUGAAAUACUACAAAAUGAUCUUAUACGGUAUGUAAAUUAUUACCAUUGAAUUGAAACAUAUAAUCUCAAUAUUUUAAAGUUUUUUUUUCUUCUUAAUUACUAAAAAAGAAAAAAAAGAAAGAUAAAGGUUCCUUGGAAAGCUGGAGAGUUUAUAAUCUGGAGUUCGAUUCCAAAACACGCAUUGUGCAGCUUUGAACAAAAAAUAAUUUUCAGUUUUCCGAUAUAAACAGAUAUAGUAUGUUGAAAUCAUUUUAAAAAGGAAAUAGAUAAAAAAAAACAAAAAAACUUGGAAAUCUGUUUUUAUCUAAUAUACCUCUUUUUUCUAACUUUAUAGUGAUGUCGUUGUGGUUUUUAUUCUAAUACUGCUCGUUUAAUUCGAGACAAGUGAUCAUGAAUUAGGAUUAGUAAUGACGAUAAUACAACAACAACUGGUUAAGAGUACAGUACUUCUUAAAUUCAUUAUAAUGUUAUUUUUCUACAGCGUCUGUCUCGUGCCAAUAACAUUCUAAUUCAUCAUUUCUAUAAUUGAAUAAUACUUGUAUGACGUUUUGCAUUCAAGUUCAUUUCGCGUGUGCCGUUUUAAUUUUAUCUUGCAGUUUAUUUGAUUUAGAUAAUUUAUGUAAAUCAAAUUUGACAUAGUUUACUUCACCGGUACUUAGGUAACAAAAUAGAGAGAGAAAACUUUUAUAAAAUAACUUUUAGAAGUGUUUCUAAAAUAAGGAAACGUUCCCCCCCCCCUACCAUUUUGUAACACCACGUCACGCACUAAAUAUGUAUACAUUAUUGUUAGUAUGUAUAAAAGAAAGAUACCCGUUGUUGUUGUUUUUUGUACAAUUUAACUGCUUGCUAAUUUUACUUGUAUACAUUUCUAUACCUGAAGCACAUUCAUUUUUAAAGACAUCAUUUUAUAGAGAUACGUACAUUUUAAUAUAGGAUUGAAUCAUAAUCUAUCGUGGUUCUUUUUGUAACGGUACAAAAACUCUAUUAACUGCUAUCAUGAAUGUUUUCUCUAUUUCAGUUAUGAUGUUUUUGUAAUAAAGACUAGUGAAAUGUUCAUAUGAAUUCGUUUUGUUUAUCUUUGUAAAUGUUGCGUACAUUUCCAUAGUACUUCAUACUUUCUUGCUUGUGUAAAC